GUUGGACCAGCUGCAGCUCCCUGUGCUUUGACUCAGGGAAGACUGGAAGGGUCUGGGGACUCCCCACCCUGUCAGCUCCUUGUGGAGGACUGCUCGGUCCAAGCCAGGCUGGCGAUCUCCAUCGGCUCUUCCGUGCCAUCCUGAGGAUGUUGGGAUGCUCCUGGACCAUCAUGGGAUGUUUGGAGGAGGGAUGUAGUGAUCCCAGGGCUGAAGGAAGACUCCUGACACCACACCAGAAAUAAGAUCCACAAAUCCAUGGAAGGAUUUCUGCACCGUUUUGGAGUUUUGGUUUCUUUUUAUUGCAAGUCAGAACAACCCUAAAUCACCAAACCACAUCUGGAUAUGACCAUGCAGGAAGCUGGUUUCCUAUCCCGUUUUUUGCAGGUUUAAAAACACUUAUCUGUGCUGAAGUUUGGUUCUUCUCUUUAAUCCUGGGUCUGUGAAGGAGGCUUUAACCUGAGCUCACGCCGUUGGAAUUCCCUGCUGCGCCAGGGAGAGAGAGGCUCCUUGCCUUCAAUCGCUUCCAGAUGCCAUUCCUGGUCCUGCUCUUCCCCUUGCAAAAUGUCUCCCCCAGCCCGUCGAAGUUUUCCCAGCCGGAUUCGACAUCCCAAUAUCCGGCCAGGCUGAGUAAGCUGAGCCUUAAUUUUUUAACCAGAGCCUGAUGCCAGUGGUGAGAGGUUGGAACUCACCCCGUGGUGUUGCACAAGCCGGAGCCCUGGGGUGGAUCCUCCGUCGGGGUUUGAGCUGCUUGCGACAUCGGGUGGUUUUUAAAUUUCUUUUAAAAUGGAGGGGAACAGAGCACGGCCGCGGAGAUCCCGCCGAGCUCCCGCCUGGACCAAGAGGACGGGCCGUGACCAGCCACAAUGAGAGCUCUGGCCCCCGCCUGAUCCCUUUCCUGCUGAUAAAAAUGAUCAACAAGUCUCGAGGGAAGAUACUCGGGGUGCUGGCGCUGUUUCUGGUGAUGGUUUGGUACUCGAUCUACCGGGAAGACAGGUACAUACAGCUCUUUUAUUUCCCUGUGCAAGAAAACAACAAGACAACGUGUCCCCUUGGGGAGGUGGAAAAGAAAGCGGCGCAGCUCAUUGGGAACUACACGAGGGACCACCCACUGUUCUUGCAGCUGAAGGACUAUUUUUGGGCGAAGACGCCGUCGCUCUACGAGCUGCCCUAUGGCACCAAGGGAAGUGAAGACAUCCUCCUGCGCCUGCUGUCCAUCACCCACUACUCCCUGCCCGAGAGCAUCCAGAGCCUGAAGUGCCGGAGGUGUGCCGUGGUGGGCAACGGCCACCGGCUCCGCAACAGCUCCAUGGGGGACACCAUCGACACCUACGAUGUGGUGAUCAGGCUGAACAACGCCCCGGUCCAUGGCUACGAGCAGGACGUGGGCUCCAAGACCACCAUGCGCCUGUUCUACCCCGAGUCAGCCCACUUCGACCCCCGGGCCGAGAACAACCCCGACACGCUGCUGGUGCUCGUGCCCUUCAAGCCCAUGGACUUCCAGUGGAUGGAGGCCAUCCUUAACGACAAGAAGAGGGUUCGGAAAGGGUUUUGGAAACAGCCCCCAUUGAUCUGGGACGCCAACCCGGAGCAAGUGCGCGUCCUCAAUCCCUACUACAUGGAAGUAACUGCUGCUAAACUGCUCAACCUCCCCAUGAAGCAACCACGGAAGGUCAAACAGAAGCCCACCACAGGGCUGCUGGCCAUCACCUUGGCACUGCACUUCUGUGACCUGGUGCACAUCGCGGGCUUUGGCUACCCCGAUUCGGCCAACAAGAAGCAAACCAUCCACUACUACGAACAGAUCACGCUCAAGUCCAUGGCCGCAUCGGAGCACAACGUGUCCCACGAGGCCGUGGCCAUCAAGCGGAUGCUGGAGCUGGGGCUCGUCAGGAACCUCACCUACUUCUGAGGGCGGCGGGGUGCGCAGGGACACCGUCCCCAGGGCGAGGAGAUGCCGUCCCCUUCAGUGAGGGGACACUGCGCUGGCCCGGCUGGAGUGACCGAGGGCAGAGCAUCGUUGUCACCACGGCCUGGGACUCCUGGAGCAGGGCCGGGGCUGGGGGCCGCGCUGGACCGCGGGUGCCCAGGGUGGGGCUGCUCCUGGGGGCGCGGGGAGCCCGGCGGGGCCGUGGCCCAGCGCCUUUUCUACUGACGCACUGAAGCUACCGAGGACUUGGAGGGGGUUUUUGGGGUAGGGGGAUCCUCCCUCCCAGCAGGCCUGAGGGGGUGAGUCGGGGCAGGAGCCCUUGCCCUGGACAUCCUCUUCCCCUUAAUUCCCUCAUACACAGACGAGGGCCCUGCUGAAGGGCUGAUUUUGGGGUCCUGGCCCCUCCCCUCCCCCCCAGGGAAUGGGAGCCUUUAGAGGCUAAUGUUGCCUCCUCCCUGCCCUGGACCUCCCCCCAAAUAUUUAAUUCCCUCCCUUUUUUUUUAAUUUCCUUUUUUACUUGGCGGCCCUGUCCUGUGCCUUAGCGCUGGUGUAGGGACUCGUCCCCACAGCCCCCCUGGGUGGGGGCACCCCGGGGUGCUUGGCUUUCGGGAUCUGCCAGGGCCCUUUGGUGGUGCAGAUUAAUUUAAUUAAUUUAAAUGCUUAUUUAUGGUGGAGCUUUCACCCAGGGCCCGCAUGCCACUGCUGUCAGGGACGGGGGGCCUUGGGUGGGCUGGUGUGUGCUUGGCUCCAGGGGUGGGCAUUUGGGAUGUCCUCCCACCAUGGAGGGGUUGACUGGUGCCUUCUCCCUGUUGGUGUAGGGUCCCCUCUGCCCCCGUGGGGCUGCAGGUGUCGGGGGGACCCAUGGAUGGGGGUGUUGGGGCUCAUGCUGGCACCCAAUAAAGUCCUGGUGAGGCUGGGA